AUGUGUACGGCUCCACCUUUGACAACAACAACCCCGACUGCAACCACAACAACAUCCUCAGGAACUAGCACGACCCAAAUAGGUUCUACAACUACUACAGUAUCUGGUACAACACCUGGAGGGUCUACUUCAACAACCGCAGUUUCAGGAACUUCUACAACGCCCGGUAGUACUACAACAUCUGGAAGUGGAAGCACAACAACCACUGCAGGACCUACUACGACAUCAGCAAGUUCAACAAUUACCACAACAACAUCCUCAGGAACUAGCACGACCCAAAUAGGUUCUACAACUACUACAGUAUCUGGCACAACACCUGGAGGGUCUACUUCAACAACUGCAGUUUCAGGAACUUCUACAACGCCCGGUAGUACUACAACAUCUGGAAGCACAACAACCACUGCAGGACCUACUACGACAUCAGCAAGUUCAACAAUUACCCCAACAACAUCCUCAGGAACUAGCACGACCCAAAUAGGUUCUACAACUACUACAGUAUCUGGCACAACACCUGGAGGGUCUACUUCAACAACUGCAGUUUCAGGAACUUCUACAACGCCCGGUAGUACUACAACAUCUGGAAGCACAACAACCACUGCAGGACCUACUACGACAUCAGCAAGUUCAACAAUUACCACAACAACAUCAUCAGGAACUAGCACGACCCAAAUAGGUUCUACGACGACUACAGUAUCUGGCACAACACCUGGAGGGUCUACUUCAACAACUGCAGUUUCAGGAACUUCUACAACGCCCGGUAGUACUACAACAUCUGGAAGCACAACAACCACUGUAGGACCUACUACGACAUUAGCAAGUUCAACAAUUACCACAACGGCUGGAAGUACGACAACCACUGGAGGUUCUUCUUCAACAUCCGUAGGCUCGACAACUUCUACAACAACUGGAAGUACAACUACCACUGCAGGAACUGGAACCACUUCUACGACACCCAGCAGUAGUUCAACGCCUGUAACCACAACGACCACUGGAGGAUUCAGCACGACAACCACAGGUUCAACAACUUCAACGACAGCUGGGAGCACAACUACUGGAAGUGUAACUUCAACUGGAAGUUCAACGACAACUGGUGGUAGUACUACAACAUCCAUAGUCUCGACAACUUCUACAACACCCAGCAGUACAUCAUCGACUGGAAGUACAACGACUCAAAGUACAACCACGACCAUUUCUACAACUGCCAAUAUAGGUUUAACUUCAACAACGGACUUGGCAACUUCUACUUCUACAACGGGAAGUACAACAACCACUGGAAGUGCAACUACAACAUCCUCAGCCGUAAUAACUUCUACAACCCCCAGCGGUACGUCAACUACUCCUGCAGGUUCUACAACGACUCAAAGUACAAUUACCAGUGAACGUUUUACAACAACCACUGGAAGUUUAACUUCUACAACCUCAACCGCGGCAACCUCUACUUCAACAACGGAAAGUACCACGACCACAGGAAGUGCAACCACAACAUCCUCAGCCGCGACAACUUCUACAACACCUAGCAGUACGUCAACGACUGCAAGUACAACGACUACUGCAGGUUCUACUACAACAUCCAUAGGUUCGUCCACAACAACCGGAAGUACAACAACCGCAACAACUUCUACAACGCCUGCAACAACCUCAACAACGCCUAGUAACACUCCAGCGUUUGAUAGUACAACGACUACUGAAGGUCCUACUACAACAUCGGUAGGCUCGUCCACUCCAACAACAACUGGAAGCACUACAACCGCAACAACAUCUACAACGACCGCGGCAACCUCAACAACGCCCGGUAGCACUUCAACGUCAGUUGGUACAACGACCACCGAAGGUUCUACUACAACAUCCACAGGCUCGACCACCUCCACAACGCCCAGUAAUAUUCUUUGUUUUAGUCAACUAAGCUGUCCUCCGUAA